GAUGGUAGACCAGAGAGACGGAUGAUGGUCAGGGAACGUCCUCGGCUAACCUGAACAUGUGAUUCAUGUUCGUCAAAUAGCGCUAAUACGGGUUACACGUUUAUUUAGCCUUUAGCUAAGUCACAUUACUAUUUUAAUAAUUAUGGAGGACGACUGUGUGUGUGACUACGACUCGACGUGGGACACGGAGAGUGAUGGAGACGACCCGGCCGGAGAGAGCCAAACGCGUCGGUCAUGUCAAGACAAAAACAAAUCUGGCUGGACUUUAACUUGGCAUCAUCCGCCCAGAAACAUGAGGGCAGCAAAGGACAUGCAGACCUACAGGAGAGGAUAUCCAGUAAGUCACAGCAAAGUAACCAAAUGCAUCUGGUCCAGCAUCACUGAGAAACGUCAAAUUAUAUAUAUGUGUUUUUGUCAGAAUCUUACAGAUGACGAGUGCUCAGAAGACAAAAUGAACAAUUUGCAGUUUUAUCUAAAUAAGUUCCCCUCCGCUCCUGAUGAUAUCUACAUUGAAUCAUUUCUUAAGGAGUGGAAGAAUGACUACAAACGACUGGAGAGAGUUCACUCGUACAUUCAGUGGCUGUUUCCACUGCGAGAGCCGGGGGUUAAUUACAUGGCUUCAGAACUCACCAAGAAAGAGAUUGAGGCCUUCAAGAAGAACGAGGAGGCUAAAAAGAGACUAGUCGAGUCCUAUGAACUCAUGUUGGGCUUCUAUGGCAUGCGUUUGGUCAACAAGGAGACGGGCGAAAUAAAACGAGCAGAUAACUGGAAGGAGCGAUUUGGAAACCUGGAGCGGAAUAUGCACAACAACCUGCGCAUCACUCGCAUCCUGAAGAGCCUCGGGGAGCUGGGCUUUGAGCACUACCAGGCCCCUCUGGUGCACUUCUUUCUGGAAGAGACUCUAGUCAAGAAGACCCUGAGCAAUGUUAAGCGCAGCGUGCUCGACUACUUCCUGUUUGCUGUCCUGGACAAGCAGAAACGUCAGGAGCUCGUGCGCUUCGCCUACUUUCAUUUUGAGCCAAAGGACAAGUUUGUGUGGUGUCCCAGAAAGAUUCAGAGACAACUCAGGAAGGCAGAGAAGAAAUCUGACGCGGUUGGGAAUGGAGAUGGAAAAGAUGAGGCGUAUUCACGGAGUAAAGGCAAAGAUGGAGAGCUGGUUGUGCAACAAAAAGAGGACGGACUGGAUAAUGUUUCGAAGGCUCAGAAAGGAACCGAUAAGACGGCAAGUAAAGACAAAAACAAACUGUCUGAGCCCGAGACUAAACCAGAAACAGAGACUGUCGGAAAUGGAAACGCAGAGUCUAAUGAAAGUUUGGGGAAUGGAAAUGACUCUACAGACGAUGUCGAUGAAAUGGAUCAGUCGUCCAGUCUCGACUCUGCGACGGCAAAAAACGAGCCCUGUGCGGACAGCGAGGACGCAUCUACCAACGACUCCAAGGACACCACCCAGGAACCAGAUGACAAUAUGCAAACGGAUGCAGACAUAGACACUGAAAAACCACCGAAGAAGAAGAGAGAAGACGACAAGGAGCUGCAAAGCAACGACUCCGCUAGCGGGCCGAUGGAGGAGAAGGCUGGCGCUGAUAAAGCCGCCGGUCAGACGAGCCCCUCUGUGCAGACGAGCCCCUCUGUGCAGACGCCCCCUAAGACUUCAAAACAUUCGCCUGCUCUUUCUUCUGGAAGAGAGGAAAAAAUCCCAAGGACUGAUUUUAAUCAAGUGGCAGAUAAAAAGGAAGAGGAGGAAACGUCGAAGGCAAAUGAGACGCCAACAAAUGGGUCGGCGACGAGCACCGACAAAGACAAACAGACAAACAGGAAGGAGUCGGAGGACGUCGAUAUGGAAUCAAACCCCUCAAGCUCAGACCAAAAUGUGAAGAGUUCAUGAAGAAGAUGCAUAACUUUGAGCUUAAAUGAAAUGUACUAUAGGGACAGAGUAUGACUUAAAAAGACUUCCUGGGCCUUGUUUCUACUAUAUUUGUUGUUUAGAUAUUAAUUAUUUUCACUUUGAACGAGUAUGAAAUCAUUAAUUUGCUGAAUGUGGGACAGGAUGUUGGUCGGUUUCCUCGUGGCCAUCAGACAAGCUUAAAGGAGAAUUCUGAUCUCUAAAUUCUAAUUUUUUUAUUUUUUUUUUUUUUUUGGUUAAGUCCCAUGAAAACGAUCAAAACCAACAGGAGGCUAACAUGUUAGCAUUAGUAGCUAGCGUGUGCCAGCCGUCUAGUCUCCCCACAACCAACAGUGCGUUGGCUGAGCUCUCAAUGCUUUCUGGCUUCUUUAUUCUAUCCGUGACUCUCGGCUCCAAUCCCAUUGAUUCUCAUUGAACACGUGAAUCCUCAAAUAUUGACGACAUAGUUGUUGUUUAAGUCUAAAUCCUUUCACAGGAAGUGACUAGUUUUUCUCGAAUGCUACUAAACGGGAGUAAGAAGUGGGUUUUGUUGGGGACUUUUUUUUCAGCAGCAUGUGUGAUUGACUGAAAAUGAACUUCAGCGUGUUAUAUUAUUAUGUUAUUGUGAUGAAGGGGCAUGUUGGCCAGUGCGACAUUGUUGCUUAGUGACUGAUAUGAGGUACACAGACGAUACUUUUGAGUAUCAUGAAUUGUUUGUCUUUUCAUGAAAUUUGUCGACAAACAGAAAACCUGAAUAUCAGACUUUCCUUUUGAUGUAGUUGUGAUAUUUAAUAAGCGUGAUUUAUUAAUGUAUAUCAAGAAAAUGAUGGAUCAGCAUUAACACCGUAAUACUUUCACAAUUUAAUAAUUGUUUUGCACUGAAAAAUAAUGAAUUGAAAGAGUUGUUUUUUUUGUUUUUUCUCUCUUUGGGCUGUUUGUGUAAGAACAUCACCUGUACUAGUCUGUGUUCCUGCUGGACCCCACUGAAUGUCACUUAAGUUAUAUCUCAAUAAUGUUGCACAAUCCGUAUGCUCUCAUGAAGCCUUGGCAGGCAGACGCGUUAACAACAAAGCCUUGCCAGCGAUGUGAUGGGACUGGUUGAUUGUACAAUAUGUAAGUCUGAUAAAGCGUUGGCUGUGAUUUAAAGUCCACUGUAUGUUCAUUUGACAUGAGUGAAGUCCAUGAACAUGUGAAAGCCAGGGCGCGUACGUUGAUGCAUCUUUUUAUAUUUGCACUUCAAUUUCACUAUUCAUUAUUAAAGCUAUGAGAUUUACAUAAUGAAAUGGUGAUUACUUUAUAAAAGUGCUGAAUUGUUUACAUAUGACUUUCCCCUCCCAACUGGCUGUUAAAGCAGAAUAAAGUUAAACUAUUUUUUGAA